ACAUGAAGUCAUAUUAUGCUAAGUUUCACAUGCACACAAACACAACAAAAAGUAGCCAUUCUUCCAUAUCCACCAAAAUUCCUUCCCCUUCCCACCUUCUUCCCACCAAAACCCAUAGCCAAAGCUACACCAUCUUCUCCAAUGGCGUUUUCCUCCAUCUUCAACCCUUCUACAUCUACUCUUAUAUGUAUGAUAUCCUUCAAUUUUCUGUUAAUAGCUUCAUCUGUUAGAUUACCUCAUCCUAUCCACAACAAUGGCGAUAACCCCGGCCAAAAGCAGCCAAUCCGUAUCCGUCAGUCAAACCACUCCGAAUGUGCUCUGUUCAUGGGUUCAUGGGUCCAUGACGAAUCCUACCCGAUCUACAAAGCCUCUUCCUGCCCGAUUAUCGAUCCAGAGUUCAAUUGCCAAAUGUAUGGCCGACCCGACUCCGAUUACCUCAAGUAUCGAUGGAAACCUGCCAAUUGUGAACUCCCGAGGUUUAACGGACUCGAAUUUCUGAUGAACAUGAAAGGGAAGAAGGUGAUGUUCGUCGGAGACUCACUUGGGCGAAACCAAUGGGAGUCAUUGAUUUGUAUGACGUUGUCGGCGGUGCCACAGUCCGCCACCAAGAUGAUUACCGGCGAUCCUCUCUCCACAUUUAAGUUUCUGGAUUAUGGGGUGGAUGUGGCGUUUUAUCGAGCGCCGUAUCUGGUGGACAUUGACGCCGUGGAUGGGCGGAGGGUGCUUAAAUUGGAAGAAAUCUCGAAGAAUGCACGGGCGUGGAUGUCCGCCGAUGUUCUGUCGUUUAACACCGGUCACUGGUGGAGUCAUAAAGGCUCCCUUCAAGGGUGGGACUUGAUCGAGUCAGGUGGACAUCUUUAUGAGGAUAUGGAUCGUCUUGUCGCAUUGGAUACAGGCUUAAAAACAUGGGCUCGAUGGGUUGAUUCUAAUGUUGAUACAAUUACGACCCGAAUUUUUUUCCAAUCAGUGUCCCCUACCCAUUAUAACCCAUCUGAAUGGAGCGCCGGUGCCACCAGUAUAGGAAAAAGUUGCUACGGCGAAACAAGUCCGAUGAGCGGGUCUACCUACCCAGGCGUCUAUCCUGAUCAAAUGAAAGUUAUUGACACUGUAAUACGUGAAAUGCAAAACCCUGCAUACAUACUUGACAUAACGACUUUGUCAGCAAUGAGAAAAGAUGCACACCCGUCUAUUUAUAGUGGGGACUUUAGCCCGGGCCAACAGUCUAAUCCUGACCACUACGCUGAUUGUAGCCAUUGGUGUUUACCUGGAUUGCCCGAUACGUGGAACCAACUCUUUUAUACUGCUUUGUUCUUUUAAUGUGUAUCUAUGAAUUGUAUGUGUAGGAGGUUUGAUCGAAUGAAUUGUAAUUUUUCUAGUCACUUUUUAGCAUCAGUUAAGUUAUGGUGUUUUAGGAAUCACAAAAUUUGUAUUUACCUAUAAUUGAUUGUAAUUUGUAUGCAAUUGUACAAGUGUUUGGUA